AUGGACAUGUUGGCGUCUGUUCGUGUUGCUGGUGGUUGUACCGAUCCCAUCUCUGUUCAAAAUGGUUUGCGGCAGGGGUGUGUCAUGGCUCCUGUGCUGUUCAACCUGUAUUUCGGAUUGGUGAUGGAGCGGUGGAGGUCUGUUCUCAGGGAGCGCGGCAUCGAGUCUGGUGUGGAUUUCAGCUUCUUGAUUGAUGGGCAGUUGUUUCCCCGUGCAGCUGGGCGACGUCGACAGUCUCAGACUGGUCAUGCUGAUGAUUUUGAGUUUGCCGAUGACCCCGUCCUACUCGCAACAACUCGUGCUGCAGCCGACCUCUCCCUAUCCGCCUUCUGUGAUGUGGCAUCCAGCUUUGGCCUCACGGUCAGCAUGACGAAGACUAAGCUACUGAUCGCGGGCUAUGGAGUCGCCGCCACUGAUUGUUCCAAACUGGCAUUUGGCAAUGAAAGGGUUGAAGCUGUUACCUCCUUCCCCUAUCUUGGAUCUGUCAUAACUCCGGAUUCGCGAGCUCAUGCCGAUGUCCAGAGCCGCCUUGCGAGGGGUGCCAGGGCCUUUGGCUGUCUUCGGCGGAUUUUGCAUGAUCAGAGCCUGAACCUACCUACUCGACGGCAUUUGUACGUGGUAUGUGUUCUCACCACGGUUUUGUAUGGCUCAGAGUGUUGGACCCCAUUGAAGUCGGAUUUGGACAAGCUGGACAUGUUCCAUCACGCCAACCUACGGUCAAUCAUUGGCAUUUCGCGCGGCCGCCAGUGGGAGCAACAUAUCACAUCGGAGCAACUACGCGCACAGUGGGGUGACCCUACUCCACUGUCGUGCAUGGUACAGAGAAGACGCUUGGAGUAG